AUGCUUCCCAAGCUUUCCUCUCUCCUCGCCAUCCCGGCUCUGCUGGCCGCAACGGCUGUGGCCGCACCCGCCAUAGAAAGUGCCCGCCGCCCUUGUCGCACGGGAUGCUUGCCCGACGACCUCUCGGUGGCUCGCCUGGUCUUACUCGACGACGUGGCGCGCCACCACCACAGUGACGAACGGCUGGUCAUCCCUCGGCUCCGUCACUUCCACCAAGACCGAGGAGGAGACUCGCACCAUCAACACCAGGACUACCAUCUUCUCCCCGGCCACCACGACACUCCCGGCCACCACUUUAAGCCCCACGGUAACCGACGGGACGGCAACUUAUACUUGGUAUACCGUCACCGAGACUGUCACGUCCCCGGGGCACGACCGGCCAAUGUGAGCACCGUCACCAACAUCCACUUCACCACCCACACCUUCACCGACACCAAGGCGGGGACGACAGUCUAUGAGACAACCAUCACCAAGCCGCAGACCGGUUCAGGGCGGUGGACAUUCGCCAUCGCGACCGGAGACGAAAACCGUUUGGGGAGAAGGGAUGCAAGUCGUACGCUUGCCAGCAGCAGUAGGGGCGAAACAAUGGAUGUGAGGAAUUAG